UUUUCUUCCCAGAGGCCUACCCGAUUUAGGGGAUUCAUGUACGUCUAUGCAUGGCCUGAAACAACCCCGUGCCGUGAUUUGUCACUUAUUCUAUGACUCAUUACAAAAUGAUAUGAAUCCGCUGAAAUACCCUAACACUGCUGUGUCUACAAUUGCCCACGCUUCGAAGUCUUCAUCCACACACCUGACCCUGCGGACGGCAACACCAUGACACCCAAAUGGCAAACCAUACGUCUCCUCCACGGAAUCCGAGCCAUAGUUGGCGGUCAAGGUCCCCCUGUGAUUCUCGUUCCAGGCUGGCCACAAACAGCAGAGGCGUUUAGCGAUAUCUUCGAGCCUCUUUCAAAACACUAUCAGUUUUUCGCUCUCGACCCCCCGGGCUUGGGUGAAUCGCUUCCUCCCCUCAAUGGCUAUGAUACUUCCAACGUGAGCAAAACCAUGGCCGAGGCUGUUCACCAUACCUUGAACGAAAAACAGUACCAUCUAGUUGGCCACGAUGUAGGUGGAUGGAUUGCUUAUCCUUGGGCGGCUCAAUUUCAAUCGAGAAUCAAAUCGCUCAGUAUAUUGGACGCGUCAGUGCCGGGCUUCAUGCCCCAGCUUCAGUUUCCGUUGUCUCGCCAGACCAACAUGCGUCUUUGGCAAUUCUCAUUCAAUGCCCUUCCUGAAUUACCUGAAAUUCUUACUCGUGGUCGUGAACGGGAGCUACUGACCUGGUUCUUCAAUCUGAAGACGGCGAAUGCUGAUGGUUUACCAAAAGACCAAUUUGAACGCUACAUCCAAGCCUAUUCGAGAGCAGGAGCGAUGAGUCGGGGGUUCGAGUAUUAUCGAGCAUUUGAAACAAGUGCAAAGCAGAAUCUUGAAUAUGCAAAGACACCACUCGAUAUCCCUGUCUUAGCUUUGGGUGGCGCCAGCUCCGUUGGUUCAGGUAUGAUUCACUUGGUCCAAAACUUCGCGAGCAAUGUUUCUGGGGGCGCUAUUGAUGAUUGUGGGCACUUUCUCCCCGAAGAGCAACCGUCUGCUGUUGCACAGAAACUGCUGGAGUUUUUGCAGGCAAACGAAAUAGAGUGAAAUUCCCUGUCUGUACACAAGCUAGCCAUGGGCGCAAGAAUUCUUUAUAUUUGGAAUUUUGCCAAAGGUCACACUGCAACAAUAUAACUAUCUCUUGUGUAAUUUAGAUAUAUCAUAUAAGUAGUUUAUUCUUAUUACAGUUCUCUGUUUCUGAGUUGUAAGGCCCGACCUGAC